AUGAAAUUAAAUCUGAAGCUUAACUGCCUCAACAAAGGGAGAAGCUUCAACAUGUCGAUCAAUAAUAUCAAAGUCAACACAUACAAAAUUGAUAAUUCUCAAGAUUUUUGCAUGAAUGUUAUUUUCUGUUUAAAUAUUCAAAGGACCGUACUUAGAUGUCUGUAUGAUUGGAUAAUAUUUUGUCAACAUUUGUGA